UACCACCAAACUGUAUUGUUUUAAUUUUUAUAAAUAAUAUAUAUAGUACACGGGAUUUAGUACAUAAAAACAAAGUUUAAUGUGAUUGUCUAUUAGGCUGGUUAUACACAAGUGUUUCUUUAUAUAUAGAGGAAUAUGUCACGCAAUACUCAGAAAUGCUCUUUUGGUAGAGGCAGUAGAUUGUCGUCCAAGAUAUGACUUUUCUUUCUUGCAGACCCAAAGUUAAGGGAAAAUGCAGACCUGAUUGGUAAUUUAAAAACUUAUGCAUUAUUUUGCUUAUAACAGCGAAAAAGGAUACCCUAGCUAACUUCCCCAUGUUUCUUUUGUAUUACUUUGUACGGAAGCUGUCCACAAUAUUCAUUUCUUGUUGCUUAAGUAACCUCUUUGACAUGAAAGCCCAUUCUCAUAUAAAAUUCCGGAGCACGGCUUCCUAACCACAACACAACCAGCUUCUUCUUCUCUAAUGGAUAAUCAAGGAGAAGAGCCUAAGCAGCCUCCAAACAAACUUCCCGAUCUAACCCUCUUCGAGCAAGCAAAUUCUGAAGUUGCUCUUGCUGCCUCCCAAGCUAAUUCCCAAUUUGCCCCUUCUAAUCAUGACUCGGCCUCUUCAAGGCUUUCAAUGAUAGAAAGUGAUGAAGAAUCUGAAGAUGAAGAUGAAGAAGAAGAAAGCAAUGAGAACUACUACGAGUAUUUCGAUAGCAAUGGAUUUGGAGAAGAUGAAGACGAAAUCAAUGAGUUUCUUGAAGAUCAAGAAAGCAACUCCAACAUUGAGGAUGAUUUCUUGGAGGAAGAAGAUGAGGUUGACCCCGACCAGUUGUCUUACGAGGAGCUGAUUGCACUUGGAGAUUUCAUCGGAGUCGAAAAACGUGGCAUGAAUCCAAGCGAAAUCUCCACGUGUUUGAACGCAUCUACCUACAUAUUUUCUCAUAACAAAAACGAGAUUGAUCGUUGUGUGGUUUGCCAAAUGGAGUUUGAAGAAAGAGAAUCUUUGGUCGUUCUCCGACCUUGUGACCAUCCAUACCACUCUGAAUGUAUAACCAAAUGGCUUGAGACGAAGAAGAUUUGUCCCAUUUGUUGUUCUGACCCAUCUGUGAGCUGAAAUCUCAAAAAUAUUAAUUUAAUUAUCAAUUUUAUUUUUAAAUGAAAAUUGAAACCCACGUCGCGCGCCACAGAUUAAAUGGUAAAAAGCAAGUGCCUAAUUCAGGUUGUAAAUGGGCACCAAAUUCUAUUUUUAAGGGAAAAUUACAAAAAUAAAACCCUAAUUAUAUCA